GAAACACCUGAGCCGCAGGGACAGACAGCUCCUGCAUCUUUUUAAGGCUUCUUUCUUUGCUUUCCAAAACCCGGGACACGAUCUGUUGGACUGGUUUAAACCUGCUCCGCUCUGAAUAUAAAGAAGCACACUAAAGGAUUAAAAUGGGCUGCUUCACAUUCGUCAAACUGAUGAUGGUCUUGUUCAACUUGCUUAUCUUUCUGGGCGGCCUGACCCUGCUGGCCAUGGGGAUCUGGGUGAGUGUGGACGGGGGCUCCUUCCUCCAGCUGCUGGGGCCGUUCUCCAGCCAAGCCAUGCAGUUCGUCAACGUGGGCUUUUUCUGCAUCGCCAUCGGGGCCGUGCUGGUGCUGCUGGGGCUCCUCGGCUGCUGCGGGGCCCACAAGGAGAGCAAGUGUCUGCUGCUCACGUUCUUCUCCAUCAUCCUCAUCAUAUUCAUCGCUGAAGUGGCAGCCGGAGUCGUGGCUCUGGCCUACUCUUCAUUCGCUGAGGGGAUCCUCCGAGCGUGGGCGACCCCUGCUUUACAGAAGGAUUACGGCAGAGAUCCUGUGGUCACUCGGAUCUGGAACAGCACCAUGACGGAGCUGAAGUGCUGCGGUUUCACCAACUUCACAGACUUUGUGGGCUCUGAGUUCGAAAAGGAGAACGGAGGCAGUCUGCCGCCCAGCUGCUGCCGGACCAACAGCGCCCCCUGUAGGUCGGACGAGGCAGAGCAGAGCGCUGUGCAGGGCUGUUUUGAACACAUUCUGCAGAACCUCAAAGAGCACGCCAACAUCGUGGGGGGCAUCGCCGCAGGAAUAGGAGUCUUAGAGAUCGCCGCCAUGAUAGUGUCCAUGUACCUGUACUGCCACCUGGACAACAGAGUCAGCUGAGACUCCUUCAGGGUCAACGCGGCAGGGAUCACACAGAUCACACGUGGUUUCAUUUUCAACAUUUUAUCAUUUUAGGAUAUUUUUGGUAUGGUUUGGUAUUUUGGUUCCUCUUUUUCCAGGGAGACGCUCACUUUUACUAUAAAGUCAUGCAACGAUGAAAAGCG